AGACGGCACGCCAUGUUUGCAGCUGAGGCAUGUAACUGGAUGUUUCAUCAAAAACAUGGCUGAAUUAUUGUCCCGUGGUUCAGUGAAAUUUUGUGUACAGUAAAGAGAACGAUCCGACGCAGAACGCACGUGAAUUGAAGUCACUAUGACUUCGAUUCAUCUCGUCGUUCACCCUUUGCCAGGCACCGACGAUCAACUUAACGAUAGAUUGAGGGAGAUAGCGGAGAAGAUAAAUAGAUACGGAUUUGUAACACCAGCGGCUUUUAAUUCUUUGAAAGCGUCGGUGAAGCGCAUUGUAGUUGGACCAACCCACAUCGCUCUUCUUACGGAUGACAAUAGAAUAGCUAGAGUUGCAUUUACUGUACUACCAGACAGGUUGGACUUGAGUAAAAACGAACCUAACAGAAACACGAGCAAAAGUCAUGUUGGAAACUCUAACUCUGCGCCAAAUGGGAAUGGAAGUAGCAGCAGUGGUAACAGGACAGGGAUGUCCCGCUCCCGUGCGCGGAUCAUGCGUAACAGUUCCGCGAUACGUGGAGGCAGCAGCGGUGGAGGGAGCGGCAGCGGUGGUCGCAUAGGACCACCCGGAGUUAUUAUGGGAGGUGGAAGUGGUAGCAGUUCUCGUCCUAUCGCCUCUGUGCCAGCGCCGUUUGUCCCGGAAGAUCUAAUAUCUCAGGCGCAAGUUGUGCUGCAAGGAAAAAGUCGUAAUCUCAUCAUCCGAGAAUUACAGAGAACAAAUUUAGAUGUAAACUUAGCAGUAAACAAUCUUUUGUCACGAGAGGACGAAGAAGGUGACGAUGCGGAGGAUGCGGCAGACAGUUAUGUCCCAGAGGAUCUUAUCUCUUUGUUGGAUGGCGGCUUUAGCAAUGAGCAUUCGGUUAUAAUUGAUGCCGAUUCUAUGUUUUCUGAAGAUGUAUUUGGAUAUACCGGGAUAAGGCAUCGUGGAAGUUCUUCGCGCCGCUUAGGUAACGACAGAGAAAGUGAGCGUUCAUCUCACGAAAGAGAUCGAGAUCGUGAUAGCUUCAGUAGAUGGCGAGAUCGUCAAUAUUAUGGACCACGACGCUGGUUGGAAACUGCUCUUAAAGAUUCGUGGGAAAAGGAUUCAGAUAACAAGAAAAAAGAAUUGGCCUCUCAGAGCCCACUAUGGAUAUCCGAAGAAUUGGAGUGGUGGCACGAUCGUAGUAGCGAUCCGGUGCCCCGCUUUGUACAAAUAGCAUCACUUUACAGUGAACUAAUUGCCAUUUCUGCGUCUGGACAACUAUAUCAGUGGAAAUGGACGGAAUCCGAACCGUAUAAAAAUACAGAAAAUCCCAAUGUGCAUCAUCCGAAAACUAUUCCUUUGGCACUGACAACAGAAAAGAUAAUCAAUAUAUCAGCUACGGCAAUUCGAUGUUCUGUUAGCACAGAAAGCGGAAGAGUAGCUACUUGGCUCGAUGAACUUUUGGGACAUGUUGCCUCCCGCCUUGAACAUCCAGCACAAGCGUUUACUGAAUUUACAUUGGAUAAAAUUGUGUCACUUCAUACAUGUGCUUUAUACACUGUUGCAAGACUUGAGAGUGGAACGUUAUAUUGGUGGGGUGUUUUACCAUUUGCACAGCGUAAGAAAUUAUGGGAAAAAUACAAAGCUAAAUCACGCAAGCACAGACCAUCCACAGUAUUGUCAAGUGACAUUAGUUAUGGAACACAUGUUUGCAUGAAAAAUAGUCCAGUUUAUCAGCCGGGAGCUAUCGGAUUUACAAUAGCCAACGGUGUACCAAAAGUGGGACAAUUGCUAUCGGCAGCAUGGAACGUGGAUGCUACUUGUAGAUUCAAAAUAUUGCCUGCUGGUACACAUGUGUCCAAUGCAAGCGCUGAUAAACGCGAGUCUAACGGAAAUGGAAGUACCGGAGUUGUGAACAAACCGAAUCACAAGGAAACAGCUGAUAGGAUUGACAUGCCUCCUCCGCCAUCUCCAGCUUCUAGUACCUGCAGCGAUACUGGCAGCAUUACAACAAGUCAUAAACGACAAAAACGGAUGGCACCUCGAUGCGAAGGAGACUCUGAUAGAAAGGACGAAGAAGACUGGCAAUUAAAAGAUGUUGUUUUCGUUGAAGAUGUUAAGACAGUACCUAUUGGGAAAGUUAUAAAAGUUGAUGGUUGCUACGUUGCGGUGAAAUUCUUUUCAAAGGAUUCAAAGGAGAAGGAAAAAGAAAUUAAAGAGAAGGAUUUUAACACGUCAGACUUUAAAGAUCUUACGACAGAGGAACCAAUGAAAUUAUUAGCGGAUUGUAGACUUUUACGUAAAGAUGAGCUACAGGUAAUUAAAUCAUCAUUAAAUCCACGAGCUCCGGACUGUUUCCAAAGAACACCUAGAAGAGUCAACAUAGUGGAAGGUUCAAACGAUAGUUUAUUGACUAUAUCUACUGAUGGACAAGGUAUUCAUGCUAUAUUGAAAAGUGGCAAUAAAUUGAGUUACGUCAUAUACAAUCUAAGUACUGGAAGAUACGUUCAAGAUUGUUAUAUUUCAUCUGAUAUUUCAUCAUUUUUGGGGUUGCAACCUCAAAACAUAAAUCUUACGAGCGCUGGAGAGAAUAUCGAGUGUUCUAUGAUAUUACGAGAUGGUAAUAAUACCAUUUAUCCAAUCGCGAAAGAUUGCGCUGACGCCAUACGCGACCCAAACUGGUUGGAUCUGGCUCCGGUAAAUUGUAUUGGCGCAGCAACCAUUCCUAUUCCUAGUUGUUCCAAUUCGUCCAAUUUAAAGAAUCAGGUUGCAGUUAUUGCAUUAGCAUUCGACAAUCUUUUGCUUAUGCCCCGUAUAUUGCGAUGUGAUCACGAGAGUGUGAAGCAAGUAUUUUGUAAUUUGGAACAAGAUUUAAAGAACAAUUUGACAUAUUCGAGUGCAAAUUCACAAAUUCAAAUGAUACUGAAGGAACGCUGCGAUGGCAACCGAAAUAUACUUCAUGCUUGUGUCAAUAUGUGUUCGCCAACUUCUAAUAAAGAAACUGAACAAGUUAUUGAACGUGAGUUGUCAAAUACAGUAGAUACUUCUGCACCUAUCGAGGAGCCAAUCCCGACAUUAAGCUGGCCACCAGAAGCAUUUGAUAACACAUCAGGUGAAGAGGACAGCUUAUUAAGCAUAGGUGCUGCUAGUAUAUCUAUGAUGAAUAAGUCUGCUAAUGGGGCUAAUAAUACAUAUAUCAUAGAUUCCGUGGAAAGACGACAUAAUGCAUUGCUCAUAUUGAAAUACUUGUGUGAGGCUAAUGCUAUCUUGACACCACACCUGAAGGAAUUAUUAACAGCAAAGGAUGCUCAAGGACAAACUCCACUUAUGCUCGCUGUUUCGGUCCGCGCAUAUCAUGCAGCUCUUAUCUUAUUAGAUACUAUACAAAGAGUUGGCAAAGAUGCGAAAGACAUCUCAGCCAUGAUAUUGCCUGCAGAUGCCAGUCCAGAUCUGUCUCCACUGUUUGUCACUUGUUGCAAUGAUACAUGUAGUUUUACGUGGACGGGAGCAGAGCAUAUUAAUCAAGAUAUCUUCGAGUGCAGAACAUGCGGUUUAACAGGAUCUCUGUGUUGCUGCACUGAAUGCGCUCGUGUUUGUCACAGAGGCCAUGACUGUAAGCUCAAAAGAACUUCACCCACAGCAUACUGUGACUGUUGGGAAAAGUGCAAGUGUCGCGCUCUUAUUUCCGGUCACCAAGGUGCGAGAUACGACUUGCUGUGUCGUCUCGUAAAUAGCACCGAUCUUGCUACGAAAAUUAACUCACGAGGUGAGAGCAUCUUGUUGUUCCUGGUGCAGACUGUUGGAAGACAAUUGGUCGAGCAACGCCAAUUUAGAUCGGCACCUAGACAACGAUCAACUUCAGCUAGUCGUAAAGCGCCCACUUCGGAUGUUCUUGGCUUUACAGGCUUGGGUGCAGAUUCGGACAUGCCGGAUCACGAUUUGGAACCUCCUCGCUUCAGUCGCAAGGCGCUCGAAAGAUUAUUGAACGACUGGCCAGCUGUUCAGUGUAUGAUCAUGUCGGGCGUUUCUGAGAAUGGUACUGACCAAUUAUUCGGCGAUCAAGGGCAAUUGGGUCGGCAGAGCGGCACCGCUUUACUAGACAAAUUUACGCAUUCUUUGCUAGUUAAAUGCAGCGCCGAAAUGCUCGAUACGUUGCUUACCACUUUGAUCAGGGAAUUGCAAGACGAGACUGUGCCUGGACGACAAGAAGAAGCGAAUAAUGUAGCACGCCGAUUCGUGAGGUCCGUAGCACGCAUAUUUGUCAUUUUCACUAUAGAAAUGGCACCAAACACGACGAAAAGGCGAAGCACAAGUCAAGCCUCGCAGCCUUUGAUGAAGUGUCGGAAAGUUUUCCAGGCACUAAUUAAAUUAGCUGUGGAAGAAUUAUGUGAAACAGCGGAUUCAUUGAUAGCACCAGUUAGAUUGGGCGUAGCACGUCCAACCGCGCCAUUUACGCUAACGAGUUCCGCCAUUGAGGUAAUAAAUGGCUCGGAGGAGCUGUUUUCCAUAGAGCCCUUAAUACCUCACAGUGGCGUCAGUUCGCAAACGUUGGACGCGGCGCUACAAACUCAACAAGGAAACAACAAUAUAACUAUGUCAAGGGGAGACGUCUCUGCUGUCGAUGAGACGGAAGGUGGAGAAGAAGUCCCUAUGGAUAUGGAUGGUGACAUCAGCGAACACGAGGAAUCCGGGGUCUCCGGGACCGCCGCGGGUCAACCGCUCGGCGAGGUCGACUCAAAUGUCGGCGGUGUAGGCGAGGAACAGGCGGGAGAUGGUGAAUCAGACACAGAGUUGGAUCUCCUGGCCGAAGCGGAGACUGAAUCUGAUUCGGAUGACAAUCACAGCAAUCAGGAUGCAGCAUCGGCUCAGCGUAGCGUUCAAACGGGCGCGACUGCGGGUUCCGACGGUGGAAUGGGAUCGAUAUUACUGUUUCCCGAGGACGAGUCGGGGGAGUCGAGCCAGCAGGAGGACGACGAGAGCGAGGCGGGGGAAACGGACGAGCAGGAUAACGAAGAGUUCCAAAUUGGUGAUGAACAAUUGGAGCGUAGGAGACGUCUUAUUCGUUUCAGCGGGUCCUCGGGCCAUUUGCACCGUAAUAACCUCGCGCCCGUGUACAUGCAAUGGGCGAUACGCAACCGUGAAUCGAACACACGUACAGCGGGACUGCGAGUGACGGGUGGCAGCAAUUUGGUGUUCAUCGACCCUGCGUCCCUGAGACGCACCACUGCUACGUCGGCCGUCGCGACCGCGCAGGAGCCCAUUACCAUGGGGACCACCGCUAGUUGCCUGGCGCGAGCUUUCGGAAUUGUCAUUCGGCAGAUAGCCGAUCUACUGGUCAUGAUGCAAGAUUACAAGAACCUGGCGCCCGCCUUGCCACGUUUGAUGGAGAUCACUUUCCAGGACGCUCUGAAUUUACAGUCGUAUUUGGAAGCGCACUUGAAGCCCACGUGGGAUUGGCUGCUCACGGUGAUGGACGCUACGGAGGCGCAGCUGAGAUUCGGAGUGUCCCUGACGCGUAGCGCGGACCCGACUCACCCUGAACACCCCCUCAAUAACGCCCCGUCUUUGUCGGGCGGUAAUUUUAGUGGCUUGCUAAAUACAGCCGCGCUUUCGUUGACCCUGCAAGGGAACGCGGGUCGAAAUCCUCGCGGUGGUAUUACCACGAGCUCCAACAUCUCCGCUCCUCAAGCUUCACGAUUCACCGUUGGUUUUGCAGGCGUUGGCGAGCCUCCGAGGAGCAGUAGAGAGCGCGAAGGUGGCGAUGCACACUCAGCGAGACGUGAAUUCUUGUCGUAUUGUCUGUCUUUGAUGCGUGCUCACAAUAGCGAGCAUAGAGACAGUCUGCCAGUCUUGGAUGUUUCUGCUUUAAGACAUGUCGCUUACGUGUUCGACGCACUUGUGUAUUACAUGCGUUCUCUCUCAGAACCGCUCGCAUCUCGAGGCGAGACUCAAAAGGAAUCGGCCAGUUAUUCCAGCUGGAAUGACCAGGAUGAGAAUGACAAUGACGAAGGUGAAGAAUACAAUUCGCCAGCACCAACUGCCAUGGAGACUGACUCCGAUUAUCCGGAUAUACCCAUAUGCGGAUCUGGAAGUCAUGGCAAUUCGACGCAGAAGGGGAGAAAGCAUCCUUUUCUGCAAAGAUCAGAUUCUACCUUAUGCCUCGGUUGCCCGCCCAUAGAUCCGUUUGAUACCAUAAUGAGCGAAGCGUUGCCAUUAGCUGAUCAGCCACAUUUAUUGCAGCCACAUUCGAGACGCGAAGAUCUAUUUGGUAUUCCGAGACAACCAACUUGUUCUAAUACAGGUGGAUCUAGUCAAAACCCUUUGGAAGGUUUGCCAACUAGAUUAGGUCUCUCUGUGCGCGGUAUGGACGGUCAAAGUACCUUGGCGACUCCAACGUUCAGUCAAGUUGUACAAGGCCCGCUUUUAAAUUCCAACUUGGAAUCGAGACGAAAUUCCAUUUCAGCUGGAGACCUAAAUUCGAGUUCUAUCAAAUACGCGGAGAAACUAAAGUCAUCUAAUCACGCUAACGAGGGACACUCGUCUUUUGUAACGGAACAAAUCAUUGAUAGAGCGCCGAUUAUAGUGUCUACAAAUAAUCAAAGUGAUGCGGCAACGAGUACCAAAGGCAAAGACGUAUGCAAAAAUAAUAGAAGCGUUAUAGUUCGAGCUGGUACGAUGUCGGAAUCAAACACGAGUAAAGUUGGUGCGCCGGAAAUAUUGGUUGUUCCAACUGUCGAGAGCCAAAACGUAUCCGAAGAAGUCGACCCAGCUGCCACGAGUCACGAGAUAUCGGCUCAUGAAACUGUUGAAACGAGUCCGGUGGAAUCCGCCAGAACAGUAUCAUCGAUAGGGACGAAUAUCUCCCAUAAUAUUUUGCUAGGACGAUGGCGAUUAUCGUUAGAUUUGUUUGGACGAGUUUUUAUGGAAGAUGUAGGUUUGGAAGCUGGAUCUGUAGUGUCUGAGUUAGGAGGCUUUCCCGUGAAGGAGGCUAAAUUUCGCAGAGACAUGGAAAAACUUAGAAAUUCGCAACAAAAGGAUAUUACCAUAAAGGUGGAACGAGAUAGAACACAGUUAUUAGUGCAGACGAUGAAAGAGUUAAAUACGCAGUAUAAUAUAUAUAACAGAAGAGCUUCUAAUACUCCACCGUUGGCAGUGAAUCGCGUUAAAGUGUUUUUCAAGGAUGAACCUGGUGAAGGGGCCGGUGUUACCCGCAGCUUUUAUACCGCGAUUGCAGAAGCAUUACUUGCAAAUGAGAAACUCCCGAAUCUCGAAGCAGCGCAAGUAGGAUCGAAAUAUACACAAUACAAUGUGUUACAAAAACUGAAAAGCAGAGAUCGUGACCGUGAUCUUAGACGACAAAACACACGUUCUUCUGGAAAGUGUCGCGAGACGCGUCGCGCUUUAUCUUUUGACGCUCGUCUUUUCCACCCUUCGACUGCAAUCGAGGGGAAUAAUAGUUCGACACCUGGUAGCUCAUCUAGCACUCAUCCCUUGCCAAUUAAUCACCCGAAUAACGAUCAUUUGACUAUGCAUCAGCAACAGCUUGGUGACAGAUUGUAUCCCAAGGUGCACACUUUACGACCAGCACUGGCUGAGAAAAUAACUGGCAUGUUGCUGGAGCUGUCACCGGCCCAGUUGCUCAUGUUGCUGGCUUCGGAAGACGCUCUCCGGCAGAAAGUGGACGAGGCGUUCGAACUGAUUCAAAGCCAAAGAUUUGACCAGACUCAAGAUUUGACCAGCGAAAUGCUGGAUCUCGAUGUAUUUAGCUUGACCGAACGAUGCGCGGCAAGUAAGAAAAAAAUGGAGAACAGCAUCUUGGAUGACACUGAGGAUAAUGCUCCGCUUUUCUAUUCUCCUGGUAAACGCGGCUUUUAUACGCCGAGACAGGGCAGAGGCAGCUACGAACGGAUAAAUGCAUUCAGGAACGUAGGCAGGCUUAUAGGACUGUGUCUCUUACAAAACGAGCUUUGUCCGCUAUUCUUAAAUCGCCAUGUAAUCAAAUAUAUCCUAGGAAGGCCUAUACGUUUCCAUGAUCUUGCAUUUUUCGAUUCUGUCAUUUACGAGAGUUUGCGACAAUUGGUCAUCGAUGCUGAAACGAAAGACAGUAACAGCUUAUUUUCCGCGUUGGACCUUACAUUCAGGUACAGUAUCGAUUUGUGUCCCGAAGAAGGAGGUGGCUCGAUCGAACUUAUACCCAGUGGCCGCGACGUGGAAGUAACUGCGAGCAACGUGUACGAUUAUGUACGCAAAUACGCAGAAGUUCGUAUGAUCAAAGUGCAAGAGAAAGCUUUGCAUUCUAUGCGCGAGGGUGUUUUCGACGUUCUUCCCGAAGGGGGGCUCGACGGUCUGACCUCGGAAGACUUGAGACUACUUCUGAACGGAGUCGGCGACAUCAACGUGUCAGUUCUGAUAUCGUAUACGUCGUUCAAUGACGAAUCUGGCGAAUCGACAGAGAGACUAGUUAAAUUUAAACGCUGGUUGUGGUCCAUUGUUGAAAAGAUGUCGCACGUGGAAAGGCAAGACUUGGUCUAUUUCUGGACUGGCUCUCCCGCGUUACCAGCGAGCGAGGACGGCUUUCAACCGAUGCCAACCGUGACAAUUCGACCGGCGGACGACGCGCAUCUACCAACCGCGAAUACAUGUAUCUCCCGAUUAUACGUUCCACUGUACAGCUCCCGACAUGUCUUGCGACAUAAACUACUUCUCGCUAUUAAAUCAAAGAACUUCGGAUUUGUAUGAACUUAAUUUUGUGACCGUGCUUGUACGUAUACAAGACUGAGUCACAUUAUUGAUAACGAUACAAAACUUGGAGUUGUAAGUUGUUAUUUUUUUUCUUUAGACAUAAUUUUUAACAUUUAUAAAUUUAUAAGGUGUAAUUAUGACUUUCUGUUCCUGACAAAUUUUUAUCUUCGUAAAGCUUUAUGUUAUAUGAAGUGUCAUAUACUUGGUUCUCUUUGCCCCUCUCUCUCUCUCUCUCUUCCCCCUUCUCUCUAUCUCUCUCUUUAUAGCAAACAAAUAAAAUUUUUAAAAGCAUAUAAUGUGAAACUUUACUUGCCUAUUUUAAAUCUUAGUUUAUACAUAAUCUGUUAAAAAAUUUAACGAUAAUCUGAUUAAUAUUUUUCACAUAUUUUCAAAUUCAUCUUUAUAUGUGACGUUUAAGAUACAACGUAUCUCUUUACCAGAAAGUUUUACAAUUUGGAUACAAUUAAAAAUAUUUAUUAGGCAUAUUUGGAACAUAGGGUGAUAGGAAAUUGCAGGUUUUCUUUAUGCAUCCCAAUUAAUAAGCUUCUCGGAUACUGAUUUGUUAAUGUGAGUUAGAAUACACAUGCACGCGCGCGUGUGUGUAUGCAUAUCUAAUUUUAAGAAACAGUUUGUACAUGAAUUAUAAAAUACAAGAUAUGAUAUUUAAAAAUGAA